AUGAUUCGCCGAAUACUGCUUUUGACUCUGGGCACGCUGGCUCUAAUGGGCGGCUUGCCCAACUUCAUGAAACAGGAGGACGACUUGGCUUACUGCUUGGGCACAGCCCCCUGCUCCCUGGCCUUCCUGUCAAACAACCCACUCAGCCUGCGUUGCCCAGCUGCCACUGAAGCACUUGAAGACUCCGUCUACUGGCAGUACCAGGACCUCAGCCAGCCUCAGACCAAACCCCGAACCUUCAUCGGACCCGGGCACUUGAGGGUGUACCGUGGGCCAAUGGGCAAACUGGGAAGCCGAGCUAAACUACGGAGAGGCUCCUUGAUCAUGAACAAGGCGGAGACCUCAGACACGGGCCUGUACCUGUGCAAGUCGGCUGAUUCCAUCCUAGCCGCCUACCAGGUGGAUGUGCAGGACUCGUCUCUGCUUUACGUGUCCCACCAAGGGCUGGGGGAGAGCACAAUGUCAAACUGGAGCCUGAGGGUGAACUUGGGCUCUUCCCAGUACAUGGUCCGGCUCUACACCCGCUGGGGACCAUGGCAGGACUGUGACCGAUGCAAGGUGAUGGGGGAGCAGAAGAUGGUGGGCUUCUGCUACGCCAAGCUUAGCGAGAUCGACAAGGAUGAGGAAGAGGACGAGGAACUGGAGGUAAAUGGCGCCACCUUGCCCUGCGGCCUAAUGGAGCUGCACAUUGUGCAGUCCUUGCCCCGGCGCGGCGCCGAGCUCCACUACCAGAUGUGCCGCGAGCCGUGCGAGAAGGAGGAAAUACCAACGGAGAUCGUAGCCAAUCUGUUGCCGGAGAUUGGCGAUUGGUGGUGGUCGGGUCGGGAGACUGCGUUCAACUGGAUGAAGCCUCGCAUGCUACUGCAGACGGUGUACCUCGACAUCCACGACAACGCCCGGAUGACAUGCCCGGGUGCGUCGGUGUACACGCCCGUUCUAUGGCAGCGCGACUCCACAUUCAUCACCCGUGGUGGCAACUGUAACGGGUCUCACCAGUUGGACGACACCACGGGCGGCGGCAUCUACCAAAUCGAAAGCGUGAAGCCCUCCGACCGCGGCAUCUACCGCUGCUGGGUGCAUGGGCAUUGGGUCGCCUCCUUCCACCUCGAGACGCCCGAGCUGCCAGUAGUACGCCGCCGCGUCACCUGGCAACUGCUCAACGGCAUGAGAAUCUUGGUCGGCACGAUCGCCAUGGUCUUCGUGAUCAGCGCCGUGGCUGAGACACUGUACGCCUGCUUGUUUGAGAUCUUCUAG